AGGGUAACCACUGAUGAGGGGAAAAGAGAGGGUUAACGUUUAAGUGACUAGUCCGAAGACUAGGUUAAAGACGUUAAUCUUUAAAGAACAGAUACUACACUUGAUCUAAGCCAAAAGGCCAGAAAAGUGAGGAGGGAAGAAUGGACCUGGGACCGAGUUGGGUAUUUGUACUCGAGCGGCUGGGAGGGGCGUCGACGAGAAGAGGCAAAGAAUUGCGCGCGCGGCCUCAGCCACUCUGCUGCCGCGAGGCUCGCUCAGCCCAGCUCAGUGCUCAGCAAGCGUGGCGCUCGCUCAGCGUUUUGGCGCUCCAGGCCGCUCCCGCUAAUGAGAGCGCGUUUGCUGCGUUGGCUCAGCGACGCGUGCCCUUCGCAACGACUACCAGGUAAGACGGUACUGUACUAUGCUGUGGAAACGACUAUUGCGAGUCAAGCGAAUGCUGCGCACGAUACGCCCCCAU